ACAAAUAUCAACAUAGACAUUAUUAUCUUACAUCAAGGAAACAAAUUCAAAGUUGAGUGAAGGCCUGACUGAAGAAGAGGAUCUUGCCAUGUCCAGUGAUGUUAACAGGGAGGCCGUAUUCCAGGCGACAAAGGUUCGAACCCAUUUGAAACAAGAUGGAAGCUGGAUCAACAGAUCUCAAAAUGUUGAGGACACACAGUCAGAUGUAAAAGCACGUAAACCAGUAAAGCUAGGAAAACUUAAAAAUGUGUCAUCACCUGAGAGCAGUUCGGUCUCUUCCUCCAUCAUGCCAUGUGCAGAGAGUACCGCCGCCACCUCCUCCAGCCUGGACUCGUCCACACCCCCUCAAAGCUCUUCUGUCAUGUCAGCCUUAAGGAAGUUUGAUGCACAUCCUGUCCUUGAGGACUCCAGGAGAGCACAUGUAGAGAAAGCAGUGGAGCCAUCCAUAGUCAAAGCCACAGAGCAACCACUGAAGACACCAGCAGAUGCUUCUGUAAAGGACAUAGUGGAAAAAACAAUCGCCAUACCUGCAGAGGAACCAUUGAAGACACAUGCAGAUGUUUCUGUAAAGGACAUAAUGGAGAAACCUAUAGAGGAACCUGUAGAGGAACCGAUGAAGACGCAUGCAGACGCUCCUAUGGAGAAACCUAUAGUUAAACCUAUAGUUAAACCUGUAGAGGUACCAUUGAAGACACAUGCAGACAUUCCUAAAACGGAUGUAGUGGAGAAACCUAUAGAGGAACCAUUGAAGACACAUGCAGAUGUUUCUGUAAAGGACAUAAUGGAGAAACCUAUAGCUAAACCUGUAGAGGAACCGAUGAAGACGCAUGCAGACACUCCUAAAUUGGAUGUAGUGGAGAAAGAACAACUGGCACUAAUAAAAUGA